AUGCGGUCAGAUCUGGAUGAUCUGGAGGCGGAGCUGCGGCGUGCCUCUGAGACAGGCGAGCUCUGCGCGCGCCGCAGCCGGCGCCUGCGCGAGCGCAGCCGCCAGCUGGCGGAGUACGCCCUCGAGCACGUGGCGCAGGGCGACGAGGCGGCGGCGCGGUCCGCGCUGCAGAUCAAGGCGUCCGUGCGGGAGGCGCUGGCGAGCGCGACCCGGAGGGCGCUGGCGAACGCGGCACUAGCCUCAAAGCUGGAGGCCGUGAUCGAGCAGAAGCAGGCGAGCUUUGCGCGUUGGGGCUCCGCAGGGGCAGAAGAAGCAACUGGGGUUUUCGAAAUGCGGUCGUGCCAGGUUGAGCUGCUUCAGUCAAUUCGGGAGGCGCGCGCACAGCUGGAGCGGUGGCAGGGGGGUGGCAUUGACCAGCAGCAGCAGCGCGAGCUUCGGCGCGCCACCAGCGGGGGGCGGCGGGAGCGGGGCGGCGGGGCAGAGGGCGGCGGGGGCGGCAGCAGCAGCAGCGGCAGGGGCCCGCUAGAAGAUUUGUAA